CCUUAACCGGCGGGCCUGAUGAAGGAUGCGGAAAAGGGGGGAUGUCUGCAGUUGGUCGAUUAAAGUGUUAAAUUGGGUUAAUUCUGUUUGAUAAACGGACUGUUAUUAAAAUAUUGCAGGCUAUGAAAAGGUGGAAUGGAAAACAACGAAUGUUUGGAUCCAAGUCACUUGAUUCAAGAUGAGGACUCUCUUAUCGAAGGCGUCAGCAACCAAGUCCUAGUUGUGGUCAUCCUCAGUGUGACGUUUCUGGGUGGACUGGCCACGCUGCUCUGCAGAAAUGAGCAGCAGCGAAUCCACCCGGAGAAUCAGGAACACGUUCGAGCUGUUCGACAGCAACUUCAGACAGAACAGGAGGCAUCAUCCGAGCCGAGGCAUCAGUACUACUCAGACAUGUCCUGUCCAGUGUGUCUGCAGCAGGCCGUCCUGCCAGUGGAGACUAACUGCGGCCAUCUCUUCUGCGGUUCUUGUAUUAUUGCAUACUGGCGCUACGGCACUUGGCUAGGGGCCAUAAACUGUCCCAUCUGUAGACAAAUGGUGACCCUGCUGUUCCCGCUUUUCCAAGAUACAGGACAGAGCGCUCAGACGCAGGACGGGCAGCUGGACCCGGGGCUCAUUCUCACCGACAUUAACGACUACAACCGCAGGUUUUCGGGACAGCCCAGAUCUCUCCUGGACCGCUUGCGGGACGUCCCCACUCUCCUGCGUCACGCCUUCAGGGAGAUGUUUUCAGUCGGGGGUUUGUUCUGGAUGUUCCGCAUCCGUAUCCUGCUGUGCCUGGUGGGGGCGCUCACCUACCUGGCCUCUCCACUAGACUUCAUCCCCGAGGCUCUCUUCGGACUGCUGGGCUUCAUGGACGACUUCUUCGUCAUCCUCCUCCUCUUCAUCUACAUCUCCAUCAUGUACAGGGAGGUGGUGACGCAGAGACUGGCAGGCUGAGCCUCAGCUGAGCUGUAGCUCUGGUCUACACUCUUGUUUUCAGUUCCAAGACAGUAUAGAUUCAGUUAAAGGAGGUUCUGCGAGGGUCAUGGUUUUUAUCAAGGGAUUGUGUGUGUGUGUUUCGGUCUUGAGAGUGUUCUACUAUGUCACCACUGUUUAAGUUAAAGGAAUAUCUUAGCAUUAUUCAACCUAAUCUCUUG